AGUAAAACGGUUUGAUGGCCACCGGUAACAAGGGGUCGAGAUCAGGAGGCCGCUGGUCCCCCAGAUGUGUGCGAUCACCACCCGCGGCCCGCCAGACCCUCGGCUUCCGAUCCAGACUGCAAGAAGCCUCAGCUCCCUGGGACCGACCAAAGGCCAGGGUUGCACCUGGCUCAGAAACAAGCUCCUUGCGGCACGGGACACUCCUUCCUCCACGCGGACCGCGCGAGUGCAAUUAGAGACACUGGAUUCAAGAUGUUUUCAGGAGGAACCAUUCCAGCUGGCGCUAAUCCCGGCCGGUCCACAGCGCGGACGCCAAAACAGGCACCACGUGGUUCCGGCGCUGGGGCGGGGCCAGAGACGCCGGAAGUGAUUUCGUUACCUACAGGCCCGCGGGGCGGCUCACGCUCAGACCGUGGCGACCCAGGCAAAGCGUCCACGGGUGAGUGGUGGGCGCGGGUUCUAGCCUUCUCCUCCGUGCGUCACCCCUUGUCUACCCGCAGGGCCGUCCGCGUGCCCCCUCUCCGCCCACUCCCGCGAGUCCCGCGCCCCUUUCCACUUGUCCCUUCGUCCCCCCAAAGCCCGUUCUGCGCACGCGCCGCGGUCUCCUUUCGUUCUCAGCGGGCCUUCGGGGGCCGGGCCUGGUCACUGCGCGCAUUUAUCUCAGGUGGCGGGGCCCAUGGCUUGCGGAAACCCGGAUCCUGUGGCCGGCUUCUUGAGCUGGUGCCGGCGGGUGGGACUGGAGUUGAGCCCCAAGGUGGAGGUCAGCCGGCAGGGCACGGUGGCUGGCUACGGCAUGAUGGCCCGGGAGAGCGUGCAGGCCGGAGAGCUGCUGUUCGUGGUGCCGCGUGCCGCGAUCCUGUCGCAGCACACCUGCUCCAUCGGCGGCCUGCUGGAGCGAGGCCAGAGGAGGAGCGCCGGCGCCUGCUGCAGGGCACAGGCGUACCUGAGGCCGUGGAGAAGGAUUUGGACAGCAUCCGUAGCGAGUACCACUCGAUUGUGCUGCCCUUUAUGGAAGCCCAUCCCGAUCUCUUCAGCCUCAGGGUUCACUCCCUAGAGCUCUACCUCCAGCUCGUGGCCCUUGUGAUGGCCUACAGCUUUCAGGAACCACUGGAGGAAGAGGAGGAUGAAAAGGAGCCCAACUCCCCCAUGAUGGUGCCCGCUGCAGACAUACUAAACCACUUAGCCAAUCACAAUGCCAAUCUGGAAUACUCUGCGGAUUGUCUUCGGAUGGUAGCCACUCAGCCUAUUCCUAAAGGCCAUGAGAUUUUCAACACUUAUGGGCAAAUGGCUAACUGGCAACUGAUUCAUAUGUACGGUUUUGUUGAACCAUAUCCUGACAACACAGAUGACACAGCUGACAUUCAGAUGGUGACAGUUCGUGAGGCAGCAUUACAGGGAACAAAAACUGAAGCUGAAAGGCUCCUAAUGUAUGAGCGCUGGGAUUUCCUAUGCAAACUGGAGAUGGUAGGGGAAGAGGGAGCUUUUGUGAUAGGGAGGGAGGAGGUGCUGACUGAAGAGGAGCUGACCACCACACUAAAGGUACUGUGCAUGCCUGCUGAAGAGUUCAGAGAGUUUAAAGACCAGGAUGGAGGGGGAGAUGAUAAAAGGGAAGAUGGCAGCCUGGCGAUCAACAACAUUCCCAAGCUCAAAGCAUCGUGGAGACAGCUGCUUCGAAACAGCAUUCUAUUGACCCUGCAAACCUAUGCCACAGACUUAAAAACUGACAAAGAUGUACUCAGCAAUAAGGAGGUCUAUGCUAAACUCAGCCGGAGGGAACAACAAGCCUUACAGGUUCGCUAUGGUCAGAAGAUGAUCUUACAUCAGUUGUUGGAACUGACAAGUUAGCAGUUUCCCUAUUCCCUGAAGGAACAGCAAUAAGAACUUCAAUAAUCACUGAUGUUUGAAAAAGAGGAAAAUUUGGAUCUUACUAAACACCAAAAGGGAAAGAGGCAAAGGUGGUGUACCAGGAUAAACUGAGGUAAGGGUGGAUGUGUUUAAGGAUUGAGAACAGCAGACUUGGCAAUCACUGCUAAUUGUUACUUAACACGUUACAAAUAUUUGGUUAGUUUUAACCAAAGCCAGUGGAAAUAUGGUAGUAAUAGGUCUUGUUGUGUUCCAGAGCAUUUAGAGUGUGUGUGUGCGCGUGCGUGCGUGCGGACAGACUUUGGAAGUAGACCCUACUUUAAAUCUAGGUCUAGUUUGAGGAAGUCACUUAACCUUUAAAAGACUCUCAGGAUUUAAUAAGCUGUGUAACUGGCACUCAAUGAUCGCUUACCUGAAGUUCAUGCUAGAUGGCACAAACCACCCCUCAGGGAAUAAACCCUAAGACAUCAUUCAAGGAGGACUUCAGUUAUUUAAUUUAGAACCUUUUUGUCCUCUCUGGCAGUAAAACUUGACAGUCAUGAAAGGUAAGUCCAAUUUUAAGUGGGUUAAGUUUUAAAAUAUGUAUCAUCUACUCAUUUUCUUUAAAAAAAGACACCAAAAUACCUAAGGUUAAAGGAUAUUAAAGAAAACUGGGCAUUUUAAAUUCAGUUUAACCAGAGAAACCUGCUUCAGCAAUUUUCCAGUGUUGAAAUAGGAAGAAAAAUACAAUUUCCUUUCUUAAACAUGCCAGUUUAGUAGUGGGAAUGACCUAUCAUUCAGCAAGAAGUUGGUGGUUCCCAAUGGCCCCAAGCUCUGCAAGGGUGAACUGUCCACUUUUCCUCUUCACGUCAGCACUGGCUGCUGCUACUGAGAAAGGCACAGUGGACUCACGUGUGUGUCAUGACUUUAAUGGUUGGCUACAGUAUGCAUACACAUACAAGAAGUAGUAGGGGAGCUGAAGCCCAAGAAAGGCUACAAAAUACAACACAGGGACCAAUACAUUAGCAAAACAUUCAAAAUCCUUAUUUAAAAAAAAAAAAAAAAAAGGCUGUAUUGGUCAUUUCAUCUUGGUCAUAUUCAGCUUAGCCUGUAUGGCCAUUCGGUGGAGUAAUGGGGGAGGGCAAGUCAUCAGAUUUGGUUCCCUUUCCUGUAUUCCCACAGUUUAUAAAAGUUUCAGGAGAGGGAUGGGGGGGUGAGGGUAGGGGGUGGGAUUUAAGUCUGGUCUGGUUUCCCUUUAUAUAAAAGAGCUGACCCCCAUCUCACAUGGCUGAGGUAUAUAUUCCCCAAAAGAAAUAAAAUGGUGCAAAUGCAGUCAGCUUUAGAAUGGGUUUGGGUAGAGACAAAACAAACUCAAGGGAUUCUAAUAGUGAGCUCUUCCCAUGUUCCCGGACAUAUCAAAUUCUAGCACAUCCAGAUUUUUAAUAACUUAGUGAUUUUCAGGGUCCCCUGUCCACAUUAAAAAAAUAAGUUACAUAAUAAA